AUGGACGUGGAAGCAGUAGUGAACCACCUUCUCAAUAUCCCGGAGACCAUCCCCUCUUACAUCUAUCCUUCUCAUGCUGCUCAUGGAACCAAAGAAAACCAAGGUGCUUCUACCAUUCCGCUUGACAUAUUGGACUCUGCCAAGGACUACACGUUUUACUUGGAUGUUCCUGGCUUGUCCAAAUCUGAUAUUCAGGUUACUGUUGAAGAUGACCAUACUUUGGUGAUUCGGGGCAACGGGAAGAGGAAGCGAGAAGAUGGGGAGGAGGAAGGUUGCAAGUAUAUUAGGCUUGAGAGAAAAGGACCGCAGAAGAUGAUGAGGAAGUUCCGAUUGCCUGAAAAUGCCAAUGUUGCAGCCAUCACUGCCAAAUGCGAAAACGGAGUUCUGACUGUAGUUGUUGAGAAGCAUCCCCCUUCCAAACCCAAAACAGUUGCUGUCGACAUUUCUUGAAGCGAACAGGGGAUGAUGUCGUAGAAGAAGCUAGGCUGGA